AUGGAUAAUGAAUUCAAUCAAUAUUAUAUAAAAAUUCGAACUAUUUUGGGAAUAGAUCCAAAGACAAUUCAUGAAGAACUUGUAACAGCUUUGGGACCCAACGCUUCAUCAUAUACAACAGUUACAAGAUGGGCUAAACGUUUUCGUGAAGGAAGAGAAGAAAUCAAUGAUGAUCCUCGAUUUGGUCGUCCAGUAUCCGAACUUACAGAUGAAAAUAUUGAACUGGUUCGACAAGUUAUCAGUAAUGAUCCACAUUCAACUUAUGAUGAAAUUAUUGCUGAGACUUCUCUCUCUCACGGUACAAUGGAACGAAUUAUCCACGACUGUCUCAAAAUAAAAAAAGUUACAUCUCGUUGGGCACCCCAUGAACUAACUGAUGAACAAAAACAACAACGAGUUCAACUUUGUCGUGAAAAUUUGACAAAAUUUCAAACUGGUUCCUGGCGAUUAUGUGAUAUUAUAACAGGUAAUGAAAUGUGGAUUUAUCAUAGACAGAUUCAUCACAAGUCAAAGAACGCAAGCUGGGUCGGCGAUGGUGAAUCACCAAUUACUGUAGUUCAUCGAAGCAAAUUUGAAUCAAAAAAUUUAUUUUCUAUUUUCUUUAAAUCGAAUGGUCCCGUUCUUACACAUUGUGUUGAUGAAGGUAAGACUAUAGAUCACAACUACUAUAUUGAAAAUUGCCUCAAGCUCGUUGUCAAGGAAAUAUUGAAACAAAGAAGGUCAGCAGAUACAAAAGGUAUCAAAUUGCUUCACGACAAUGCUCGACCCCAUAUUCAUUCUGGUGUUAUUAAUUAUUUAACAGAAGAAGAUAUCAAUAUAAUGCCAUAUCCACUAUAUUCACCUGACCUUGUACCGUGUGAUUAUUGGCUAAAUGAUUGCAUCAAGCAUAAUUUAACUGAUCAACUAAAUGAAAAAUCAUUAGCUCGUGCGGUAUCCAAGGUGGUGAAAAAUAUUCCACAAGAAGAAUAUAAAAAAACUUUUGACAAACUGUUAGAAAAGAUAGAACUUUGUAUAAAUAAUCAUGGAGACUAUUUUGAACAUUUAAUAAAAUAA